AUAUACGAAUAACAAAAGAUCGAUACAAGUUAUGUUGAGCAUCUCUUGUAAUUACAGAAGUCAAAUGUGACCUAAGACAAUUUUAAUAUUUUUUCCUUUGUUAAAAUGUGCAUUUGGUGGGGGGUCACCGUCUGUAUACAUGGCUGGAACUUUAGUUUAGACCUAAUUUGAAUGUGAAAACACUGUUUAGGAAGAGAGUGGAGACAUUAGCUCUGACGCCAGGGGCUACAAUUUAAGUGACAUCACCUGCUCCCACGGUUGUACAAAAACGAGUGACUCAAGCCUAACGGUCUAAAACUCCCCAGGAGAGCCGCGCCCCAGCCUGUCGCCCCGCCCGGCGGGGAAAGCCUGUGGUCCUCCAGGAACCCCGUGAGCAGGAUGACAGCUACCCCGGGUCCCCACUUCGGGCCGCCCCAAUUCCAGCAGCGCCUCCCCCAACCCCGGACAUCAAAGGUUUCCGCCCUGCAAGCUGGGACCCCUCCGGGCGCGGGCGUCCAACGCAGCGAGGCCCAGGUGGACGGUCUGCAGCAUCUGCUGGAGACCGGGGCCUCCGUCAACGCACCCCUGGAUUCCUGCCAGGAGUCCUGUUCCCUUGGCCGCAAGUGGCGGCUUGCGUGUUUCCUUCUCUGGCAGCUGCAAACAGACGCUGACCUCAACCAGCAGGAUGUUUUAGGAGAAGCUCCACUACCCAAGGCAGCAAAAGUUGGAAGCCUGGAAUGCCUUAGCCUGCUUGUAGCUGGAGAUGCUCAAAUUGAUUUAUGUAAUAAGAAUGGCACAGCAGAUCUUGCUUGGUCAUAUGGAUUUCCAGUAUGUGCCAAGUUUCUUACCACACAUAUAUAUAUGCAGAUGAUAAAAUCAAGUGAACAAUCUGACAGAGAUCAUCGUGUUCCAGUGCUUAGACAAAAACAAAGUUUUGGAAAUGUUGAAAAUGCAAGUGGAAAAAGGAAGUGCUGGUAAACACCUGAGCUGCUGCUUUCUCCCUCCCUCAAGGACUUCUCUUUUAGAAUUGAAUUUAUUGUUCCAUUUAAAUAUUGACACUCUUAUUUCUAGCAUUAUCAUUAACAUUUUAAUACAGUUAUAGUUGUUACUACUACUAGAUUCUAGAGACCAAAACUUGGCAUGCAUGGUGGAAAUUUGGGGAGAAAACCUUUUUUUUUUUUUUUAAGUAUUUAAUUUUAACAUG